AAGUGACGUCACGUCCGGUCUCUUUCGGGCUUCGUAGAGCUACAGCAUGGCGGACACCGGUGUGUUGGAGACGCUUUUACAGCGGGUUGAGAAGGUGGACGACGGCGUGGACAGCCUGGCCGUGGCGACCAGCCUCGGGGUGGAUCAUCAGGUCAUCGUCGGGGCCGUGAAGAGUCUCCAGGCUCUCGGUGACGUAAUCUCAGCCGAGUUGCGCUCCUCCAAGCACUGGGAGCUGACCGAGGAGGGCACCGAGAUCGCCGAGCAGGGCAGCCAUGAAUCCCGGGUCUUUAGCUGUAUCCCCCAGGAGGGCCUGGCUCAGAGCGAGCUCAUGAAACUGCCAUUUGGGAAGAUCGGCUUCAGCAAGGCCAUGUCCAGCAAGUGGAUAAGAGUGGACAAGGCCCACGAGGGUGGCCCCAGGAUAUUCAGGACUGUGGAGAGCAUAGACGACCAGGUCAGGGAGAAACUGCUUCUGGUGCAGAAAGGCCACAGUACUCAGCUGGAAGAAAAAGAAAAGAAUGAGCUGAAGAAGAGAAAACUGCUCUCUGAAGUGACUGUGAAGUCUUACUGGAUCACUAAGGGCAACUCCUUCAGCACCACCAUCACCAAACAGGAGACGGAGCUCACCCCUGAGAUGAUUGCCAGUGGCAACUGGAAAGAGAAGAAAUUUAAGCCCUACAACUUUGAGGCCAUGGGUGUUGCCCCAGACUGCGGUCACCUACACCCGCUGAUGAAGGUGCGAACGCAGUUCCGGCAGAUCUUCUUGGAGAUGGGUUUCACCGAGAUGCCGACCAACAACUUCAUAGAAAGCUCUUUCUGGAACUUUGACUCCCUCUUCCAGCCCCAGCAGCACCCAGCCAGAGACCAGCACGACACCUUCUUCCUGUCCGACCCAGCGCACGCCCACGAGUUCCCACAGGACUACCUGGAGAGGGUGAAGAAGGUCCACUCUGAGGGAGGCUACGGUUCACAGGGGUACAAGUAUGACUGGAAGAUAGAGGAGGCUCAGAAGAACAUCCUCCGCACUCACACUACAGCAGUCAGCGCACGCAUGCUGUAUAAACUGGCACAGCAGGAGAAGUUCACCCCCGUCAAGUAUUUCUCCAUCGAUCGCGUGUUUAGGAACGAGACCCUCGAUGCCACCCAUCUAGCAGAGUUCCACCAGAUAGAGGGCGUAGUAGCCGACUAUGGACUGACUCUGGGAGACCUCAUGGGUGUUCUGCAUCAGUUCUUCACCAAACUAGGAAUUACCAAACUACGCUUCAAGCCUGCCUACAACCCCUACACAGAGCCCAGCAUGGAAGUGUUCAGCUACCAUGAAGGAUUAAAAAAGUGGGUGGAAGUGGGAAACUCAGGAGUGUUCAGACCAGAGAUGCUGCUUCCCAUGGGCCUCCCUGAGGAUGUGUCUGUAAUUGCCUGGGGCCUGUCUCUGGAAAGGCCCACCAUGAUUAAAUACGGCAUCAACAACAUCAGAGAGCUGGUGGGACACAAGGUGAACCUACAGAUGGUCUACGACAGCCCUAUAUGCCGCCUGGACUCCUGAGUACCGCCCAGCUGUUGUUAUUAAUGUUAUUAUUCAUUUGGAUGGACCCUUUCCUUUUUAUCUUUACUGUGUAACACCUCAUACCCACGUCUCUCCUCAAAGCCCGGCACCACCGCUGUCCCCUUUAUCAAAGCUCGGCCAGUAAAAGCAGUUGGCCUGAAAGCGACUGUAGCGCUAAAAGGGACGGGGCUUUUUUUCACCACAGCCUUCAGACAGAUCUGAUUUCAAAGGGCUUUAACACAAAAGAGCAUCUUUUUUUUUUCUUUUUUUUUUUUAUGAACUCCACACUGCAGCUGGGUGAAUGAGGAUGAGUCUUGAAUUUGUUACAAACUGCCUUUUUUUACCACCUUGACCCUGAUCUACUAUAUUCAAUCAUCUUGUACAGGAAAAAUAAAACUGCAACUUUUGGAAGUCAAAAUAAAAGCUUUUUCCAGGUA